AUGCAAAAACUUAAUACCACCUCGUUUCUGCUAUUAGGAUUUAUUCUUAUUUUUAUCGCUGGUGUUUUUAUUGGUUUAAAUAUGAAUAAAACAGAUAUUAAACCAUUUAUUCUGUAUUCAUCUUCAAACAUGAUAUUACAAAAAAACUUAGAAUCAAAUCAACAACAAAGUUUACAUUCAUUUUCUUUUGCAUAUAACACAACUCAUCUUUGGUCAAUGCGUCUUGCAGAUGAAAACUAUUAUCGUAUCGUUCGUCAUUUACCAUGUCGUACUGUCAAUUAUAUUGAUCACUCAAUAAAUGAAACAAUGAAUCAUUGUAGUCAAACAACAAUAAAUGAAUUUUCAGUAAAAGAAACAGUAAAUACACAAAAAUGGUUUUAUGAACAUCAACAUCCAGUCGAUUGUUCAAAUAAAAAAUUUGCUAUUAUACAUAAUCAUGCAUGGUCUGGAAUUGGAUCAACUAUACAUCAAGUUGCAUGGGCAUUUGGUGAAGCAUUAGCUCAAAAUCGAAUUGCUGUUUAUGAAACACCAGGCAAUUGGGUUUAUGGUGAUUGUAAAUUCGGUACUCUGGAUUGUUUUUUUCUACCAAUUACUAAUUGUUCUAUUCCUUCCAAAAUUGAUGGUACUCGAACAAUUCGUAUUCCUGCUAAUAAAGGUCACUGGGAGAAUGCUAGAUAUCCACAUAUAUUUCAAAAUCGAACACUGACUUGGUAUCGUUCACAAUUACUAUUUUAUCACAUGCGAUAUAAUGCACAAACAUUAGCUCAUGUACAACACCUAAUCGCUCAAUCUUUUGAUCCACCUUCAGUCGAUCUCCAUCAUCCAUAUAUUGCUCUUUAUGUACGUCGAUCAGAUAAAGUAACAGGUCGAGAAAUGUCACAAGCUUAUCCACUUUCACAAUAUUUUAACUUAUUCGAUAAUGAUACUCAUCAAACUAAUAUAACAACAAUUUACAUUAAUUCAGAAGAUAAUAAUGUAUUCAAUGAAUUCGAACAAGUAAACAAAAAUAAAACAGGAUACUAUAAAUUAUUACGUAUCAAAACAAGAAAAAAUGUUGUUUUUCAAUCAUUGAUGAGUAUGCGAAUGAAAGAACGCGGAAAAAUCAUAUUAGAAUUUCUCACUGAUCUUUUUAUCGAAGCUAAUGCUGAUUUACAUGCCGGUACUCUAACGUCAAAUUGGUGUCGAUUGGUUGAUGAAAUGAGACUUGUACUUGGCAAAUUCAGUCCAUAUUAUACGCCUGAAAAUCGAUAUAUGCUAGAACAACAACAAAAAGAUCAAAAUACAUCCUGUAAUGAACAAAGUUUUCGUUCAUCAACUUUAGAAAAAUAUAAUGAACAUUCAAUUGAAUGUAAAACCGAUUUUACAUUAAAUGCUCCACAAUUACUCAUUCUAAUGAAUUCAUAUUCAAAUAAAAGUAUUUUAAUUGAUUUGGCAAAAUUACAAAUGAAUACAGAUUCAAGUGAUAAGAGAGAUUCUUCGUCGAUUAAACAGAGUCUAUAUAAACAAUCUUUAACAAUUCGUUACCUUCCUAUUAAAAAACAAUGA